AUGAAGAAACAAAGUUCUGGACAAUCUGGUUACUUCCCAGAUGAUUGCUGGGAACUUAUAUUCCACAAAAUGAGAGAAAACAAUGAGCGUGAAUUGGAUUCGAUAUCUUUGGUCUCAAAGCAGUUCCUUUCGAUAUCUAACCAGGUGAAGCUUAGCUUGAACGUAAACAACGGGACACUCCCUCUACUCCCCAAUCUUCUUCAAAGGUUUCGACACAUCAAAACAAUAGUCAUCGACAUCAAUGCCCAAAAGGACAUAGAUGGACUCGUUGAUCAGAUUUCACGGUCUGGUGUAUUGAAUCUCCAAGCCAUAAAGUUUGGUUGGUGUAUGACAGAACCUCCGCGACAUGGUUUUAAGGCAUUGGCGUUGAAUAAGAAUAUAAAGAACAAUCUGAAGGUAUUGAAUUGCUCUGCAUGGACCUAUAUGCAAGACAACGAUUUAGAUCUGAUAGCGGAUUGUUUCCCACUGCUAGAGGAACUCAGGAUUAGUGCUUAUACUAAAGAAGACAAUCAUGAGGUUGCAGAACGUAUAACAGAUGAUGGAGUUGAUGCAUUGGCGUCAAAGCUUAAGGAAUUGAAGAAGAUUGUUUUUAAAGGUAAUGCUUGUUUCAUUACUGAUCAAUCACUUAUUUCUCUAUCCACAAAUUGUGUGAAACUGACAAAAAUUGGUCUUUCAUUAAGCACUAGCAGUCAACAUCGCGUGACUGGAGACGGUGUUGGUUUUGUGACGCGGCAUAGUCCCAAUUUGACCUCUCUCUCUCUCUCGCUAAAAUUGUGGUCACCACAACAUUCUGCAAUAUCUUUAACAAGGGAAAACGUGUUCACCGAUGCCAAAAAUCUGCGUUCUCUCACCAUGAAUCGAUAUCUCAUUUCGGUCAAACAUAUUUGUUUCAUCGCAAAAGCACGUCCUCCGUUAAAGAAGCUCAAGCUCGUUGGCUUCAGCGGCCGGUAUUGUGAAAUCUAUGGUGCAUUAAAAAUGCUUUUGCAAGCAUGUCGGUUGACACUGAAAAAGUUAACCCUAAUCGGGUGGUCACUCACAGACACAGUUAUAACUGAUUUGGCACAGUAUCUCUCUAAUCUAACUUCUAUUUUUUUUUUUGGACCGUUUGGGUUGACUAGUGCCGCCUUUUACACCCUCACGAAAAGUAGUUGUCCUUUACUUGAAAUUCUUCAGAUGACACAUACGGGAGGACGAGAGAUGGAUCUUUCUCUUCCAAAACAUAGAAACUACCAACUGCGGCAUCUUUAUAUCUCCCACAAUAUCUGGGUGAAUGAUACAACACUAGAAAACUUUGGACAGGUUUGCCCGAAUCUACAAAUCCUUGAUGUAAGUUAUUGUACGCGCCUCACCAAUUCCGGCAUUGGAGAAGUUUUAAGGAGAUGCCCUGCCAUAACACAACUGAAUAUCUGGGGUCUUAAUAUUUCAGAUGUUUUUGGGAGCUAUUCUGACCACUCUAUAUUGAAUUUGAAGACUUUGGAAGCUCAAGACACACAAAUUGAUGACGAAGGAAUGGCAAUGAUUGGAAAUAGGUGUCGAAAUCUCCAAUAUUUGGACAUUGGAAACUGCAAAAAAGUGACAGAUAAAGGCGUAAUGGAGGUAGUGAGGAACUGCAAAAGACUGAGGGAUAUCCUUAUGGGUGGGUGUGAAAAAGUGAGCGCCUCUAUUGUGCUUCAGAUGGUGUCAUCAAGGCCCUCCCUUAGGAACAUUGAGCCACCAUGUUUUGAUGAUCUCAGUGAACAGAUGAUAGACAAAGUCUUGUCCUUCGGAUGCCGGCUUAGCGCAAUUCGACUCUGGUUGUCAUCCUAA